GGCAAGGGCGAGAAGACCAACCCGAGAGGCGCGAACGGACAACCACUUCGAUGUGACCACUGCAACAGCGAGAAGCAUCUAUGGAGGAAGUGUGACGCUCCGGGAGCUGACGAUUACCGACGAAAACGGGCUACCUCAGGAGGAAAGGGUUAUGUGACGACAGAAGGAAAUAUGAGUACAGGAGGAGCCCAACCAGCUUCAAGUUUCACCAGCGCGUUGCAGCACUGGCAGCAACUCACGGGCCAGACGGCAGAGUCUACGGCGACCCGACACUUCUUCGCCAUGCCGAGCAACAUGGAGUCACAGGUGGACGUGUCCGAGGAUGACGAGAAGGAGUACGAGGACAGCUACUACCCGGACGUGGAGGAGGAAGGCUCGCGCCUGUGCGAGUCGCAUGCACGGCCAGACCUUCAAGAGGGGGUCCGCCGUGACUGUGCUUCAUCCGCAUCUUGGGAUAUGCUAUCGACUCCCUCGGAGUUCGUGGACAUCGGCAACGAGACGAUUCAGAUGAUUGAACAGGCGAAGGCUCGGAUCAUAGAUGACCCGGACACGGAGGCAACUCUUGGAGAACCUCGGUCCAACGACGAGCAGAUCGACUCAGGAACCAAGCCCGCUGGAUUGAAGUGGUUUGUGGGACCGGCGUUCGAGCGAUACGAUGAGACACGACAGGUAUUUCUAGAGGCGACACGAAUUGAUGGUAAGGAGUGCCUACUGAUAGAUCCAGGUGCGUAUGACAAUUUGGUGGGUGACAGAUGGGUUAUGCGAAUGGGAGCUCUGGCAAAACGGGCAUGUCUGGAACCGACGCAACGUCUGAUGGAUCAAUCGAUCGGGGUUGAAGGAGUCGGUACCAAUGCUCAGAUCGCCAAGGAGGAGGCGACGAGGCCAGGCGCAGCCAAUGACGAACGAGGCAAGGUGCAUCAGAUAAGCUACAAUGCCCCAGUGGUUCCCGAUUCCGAUAUUCCCGCUCUCUGGGGAAAGCGUAGUCUGAAGCACAACAGGGCGGUGGUUGACAUGAUCAACAACAAAUUGUACCUGUGUGGCCCUGGAAGAGCACAGUUCACACCACCGCCGGGGACGCCCACCUUCAAUCUAGAGGACUCGCGAUCAGGACAUCUGCUGUUGCCUAUCUCGCAUUUCUUCGGCAACGGUAAGGACAAGAAGGCGCGCGCGAAGCAGGAGCCGGCCACCUGGCAUGCGAGUGCGCCGGCGAUCGUCAAGCCCAUGAUCAAGGAUAAGGCGAACGAGGACGAGGCAGACGCGCCGACGCAUGAGCCGUCACCGGCCACUCCCUCGGCGCCUGCGCAAGACCCUGAUAUCAUAGUGAUAGACGAGGACAAUAGCCAUCCGAUCCGCGCGAAGCUGCUGAGUCCGGCCAACAUCACCUACACCCGCCUAAGUCUUCUGCACACCUCGACCAUGGAGCAUAUUCUCCGACUCUUGGAGCGAGGGAAGUGUCGAGGUGUUUGGAUGCGACUACAUUCCCUCAUACCUGACCUUCGGUGCGUGCUGGUGGUCGAUUCUCAAGCCACGAGUGAGGCCUGGCAGGAGGAUGACAUUCUCAGAGCGACGGCAACGACACUGCCAGGAUAUCGGAUGACAGAUCAUCGAUGGUGCAGCUACUUAACGUCGGGCAAAGACAUGGCCCCGACGACCAGCCAGAGAUUCUUUUCCAACCUGGACCUGCUUCCCGACUCGUGCAGCUGUGGUCGGAAGAUCUCAGAUCACCGCAGAUCGACAGGGUUGGAACACGUUCAGCUCGAAUGUCAGUUUAUGACCGUAUUUUGGCAGAACCGACUUCGAGACAAGCUAUUCGAUGCGGUUCGAGGAGAAGUACGUGACGACAAGGACACGGAUCGAGAUGCACGAUAUCCGCAGACGGGACCGGAUGAGCCCGUUGACUCCCACAUGGUGGUAACGAAGUCGAAGACGGUCAGCUUCUAUCCGACCGACUCUGCCAAAGCCUACAAAGAGAAGCUGAAGUCCAGGAAGGCCGAGGGACACGAACCGAAGAAGAAGGUCAAGAAGAUUCUAGAUCCCGAAGUCAUGGAUGACUGUGGCGAGGACCUCGGAGAGCUCAACUACCUACGGAACGAGGAGGAAAUGGAGCUCUACCAAUAUCUGAAGGAGGAGCGACCCUUUGUGUUGGUGAUGGCUCCUCAAUGUAUUGGCACAGCUGGAUGGUGCACGGUCAAUGAGUCGAUCGGCAGCGAGGUGCACCGUCGCAACGCGGAGGUCUCUUUCAGGCUAGGACAGAUUUGUGCGAAGGCGGCUCACAUUCAGCUGGGCGGAGGACGCCACUACGUCAAUGAGUUGCCGAGGGGAAGCCGUAUUUAUCGAACUCCAGAAUGGAUGGGUCUGGCACGGAAGAAUCUUACUUGGGUUCAGUGCAACAUGUGUAUGCUGGGACUCGUCAACUCGAAGAAGGAGCCCUUGAACAAGCCGGAGGAGGUAUGGGCGAGUCACGAGGUGCUGAUCUAUCGGCUGCGUUCCAAGGAGUGUGAUCGACAGCGCCGGCAUGGGGAAUGCUCUGGGCGUGACACCAAGCCUUCACAGGUGUGGACAUGGCAAUUCGCUCGUAUCUUGGCCGAUGGCAUCUCAGAGUUGAUAUGGCUUCACGAAUUGGACUUGAGGAAGCUGAUCUACCCAACCGUGGCGGCGUACCUGAGGAUGAACGGCGAAGGAUACCGGCAGCACGAGCUGCGGGCGCUGGUCAUCGAGUACAUCCCCGAGCAGGAGAAGAAGAGGAGGACGCAGCACCACAUCCUGAAGCCGGACCCUCAGGUGCUGCUCCUGCCGCAGCUAUGGAAGGCGAUGAUGACGUGCAACCUCAUCCUGAAGCUGGACGUCGUGGACACUUGCACCGUCUGUCGGGAAUGGCAGCGACGAGGCGAAAAGUCGGUGACAAGUUUGACGUUCACCACGACCUUCAAUGAAGGAAUUCAGUUUGAUCUGCUUUUCCUGGACGACGGUAUCGUGGUGCACUUGAUCGAUAUGUGUAUCAGGUGGGCUCAAGGCAUCCGAGUUUCGAAGGAAGAGUUGCUGGACGAAUCUUUGUUGGCCAUGAACACCCUCUUGAGCGUUCACGGGGCCACGCCAUAUGCGGCUCUGUAUGGUCGGGUUCCGAUCAUUUUACUGGAGCUCGGAGGGGGAGGAUCUGAGUUCGACGACGAGUCUGGAGGCGCAGUGUCUCGUCAUGUCCAUCGAGUCAGGGAGUUGGCCCUGGCCAACAUCGCGCAGGGCAACGCGCAGGAAAGGCUGAAGAUGGCGGCUCGAACGCAAACGAGACCAGCGGCUCAGCUCGGAGAUCUUCGUGCAGGGGACUCGGUCGAUAUCUUCCGGGACCCGCCGAACAAGGAUGUCACUGGCUGGCGAGGACCCUGCAAGGUAGUUGCCAUGGAUCGAGCUGACGAGGGCAUCAUCGAUGUACGAUGGCAGGGUCGCACGCUGCCGUGCCGCCCAGCCGAUGUUCGCAAGGCAGUGACAUGGUUGACUCUCAUGGCGGCUCCUGGCCGCGGUGACACCAACCCGUACCAGCUCUUAGUAUACUACGUGGAGAACAUGGCGGCGGGCACUACGUUACUCCUGGGAUAUGAGAUCGGCGAGGAUGGACACUGGAGGUCUUGCGACAGAUUGACGCUCACGUACCACACGUUGGAGGUCCUCACCAGAUGCCCGACUUUCCAGCACCACGCGGUCAAGUACGGCCUCGCGAUCCGCAUGAUGUGGAAGAACGACCUGAUCGAUGGCAUCGCUGGUGGCUACUUACUUGAGAAUACAGAGAAGGAGAUGCAAGUUCUGGAGGUGGAGUUCGAAUCAGAGAUCUCCAGGCUUGUGAUCAUGACCACCGAUGCGCGCGACUUGCCCAAGUCUGAGAUCUUCUCUCUCUUUGCGAACGACGAGGGCCAUCGCGUUAUUCUGUCCGUCAACUCGACGGGGAAGACCAAGAUGGUUAUUGAACGAGAGGCUGACGAACUCAACAAGGAUGACCUGAUCAAGCAUCGAGUGGAGGUGGAAAAGGCUAUGCCGAAGGAGCUAGGCAACUGGAUUGAGUUGGGUGCGCUCAAGCAACGAAGCAGGCUAGGGUGCACCAACUUGAUGGACUCUCGAUGGGUUAUCCGUUGGAAGAAGCAGCCAGACGGUAAGUUGGCAGUCGAAGCACGACUAUGCAUCAAGGGCUUCCAAGAUCUGCAGCAGGAUCGUUUGGAUACCUUCAGUGCGACCGCCUCGAGGCAAAGCCAGAGGAUAGUGAAUUUCAUCGCGGCAAGUCGCCCCAAGUGGGCGUUGUGGUCUUGUGACGUUGGCAGCGCAUUUCUGAAGGGACUUACAUUUCAAGAUGUGGCAGAUAUGACAGGGGAGCCCCUCAGAACUGUUCAGUUGGACCUGCCCAAGGACACAGUAAAGAUCGCAAGGCAGUUUGAACCAUUAUCCAACUAUGAUGUGAGUCGGCACUGCUUGGAGAUGGUACGUCCAGGUUUCGGUCUCAAAGAUGCGCCAAGGUUAUGGAAUCUCAGGCUAAAGCAGGUAAUGACGAAGCUUCAACUAUUGCCGUUGGUGACCGAUUCCCAAUUUUACUGCAAAUGGGCUGGCUCCCGAUGUGAACCUGUUCCUCGCGAGCUAGUACCCAUGAACGCGGACAAGGACAAGGCCCGAGGCACAGACGUGUCAUUCACCGACCCGGAGAUAGCGAUCGAGGACUUGCAGAUGGUGUGCAGUACACGCGUGGACGACCUCAAGGGCGCCUCGACCGAACCGAUUGCCGACGCCUUUAUGGAUGCUCUCGAGUCGCUACGCGAGCAGAUGUUGCAGUCCAUAUUGGAUACCUACAGCGACACGCUCAUGAACCUUGCUGGAAACAUGUUCGACACUUGA